AUGGCUGACCCAAUAGAGACAUUGGAAACAGGCCCAGCGUUCUUUCUCACCCCAAAGGGCCGCAUGGUACUGGGCGAAGGCGUCACCUACCGGGCUAGUGAUUCUACCCUCCACUGGUUUGAUUGUCUCUCCUCUCCAAGCGAACUAUACGUUUUGCCAGUGGAUCCACAAACAGGAGCUGCGACUGGCCCAUCGCAAAUAACCCCGCUGUCAGACAGUAUCACAGUUGCUGCGUUUCGUCAAAAUAAACCCGGCAGCUAUGUCGCCGCCUAUUACCAAGGCGUCUGCUUCCUAGACGAGGCGACCGGACAAUUUGACGUAGCGUGUGAAAUUAUUCCAUCCACAGAGCGGAGCAUCCGCCGAUUCAAUGACGGUGGUGUUGAUGCAGCCGGGCGUUUUUGGCUAGCUGAAAUCGACCUUCAGGCCAUAGCCUUUCCCAAUGGAAAAAUACCGGCUGAUUAUGGCGUUCCCAAGGGACGUCUUUGGCGAUACGAUCCAGAUGGAAGCUUGCAUUUGAUGCUUCCGGGGGGGAUUAUUUGUGGAAAUGGCGUUAAAUGGAGUCCGGAUAAUCGGACGACACUAGACUUUGAUAUUUCCACAGGAAAUGUUUCAAAUCAGCGAACCCUAGUUGAUUUCCAGGGGACGAACGGCCAGCCAGAUGGAAUGGUUUUAGAUUCUGAUGGUAAUUUAUGGGUGGCCAUCUAUGGAGCCAGCAGUGUUAUGGUUUUUAAUCCGGAGGGGAAGCUUUUGAGACAAAUCAAACUUCCUGCCGUGUACCCAACUUGUCCAACCUGGGGAGGUAAGAACAACGAUAUCUUGUAUAUCACCACCGGAACAGAUCGUACAGGUAAUCCGGAUCCUAGUGAUGAAGGUGGUCAUAUGUACAUGACUCAUGUCACGAAUGUCCGUGGAGAGAGCAAGCAUGAGUUUGGUGGUUAA